AUGGCCGCCGGCUCCCCCUCCCCCAUUGCGGCUUCCAGUCCCCUCACAUCGAUGAAUCCCACAACAGAGCACGACUUUCGCUUCCCGCGAAGGCCUGAUGACCACUGUCGCGGUACAACACAGUCACAAGCGCAUUCCAAGCCCAGCCCGAGCGACCUGCCCGCCGGUCUUCGGGAUCUACGACUCGACCUCUCCGCCGCUCUGUACCCGAAUGCGCACGACAGGUUCUUGAAAAAUUCAGACUUUCCCCCCUUCCAAAAGGCAACCAUGGACUCGUACCAGAGUCCCGAAGACAUGCAGAAGGAGGACCCUCUGGCGACCCAGGUGUGGAAGUUCUUCAGCAAGACAAAGCACAUGUUGCCAAACCAGCAACGCAUGGAGAACCUGACAUGGAGGAUGAUGGCGUUCAACUUGCGCAAAAAGCGGCAGGAGGAAGAGAAAGAAAGGCUCGCUCGAUCUGCGCCGGCAGCUGCACUACCGGCUACAACGUUCAAUGCCAACCCCCCCAGCGGUAUCGCUCAGUUGCGCAAGUCGUCGGAACAAAACGUGAACCACCCAGAGCCCAUGAAUCUCGAUGAUUUCAUCUUUUCCGAGAAUAUUGCGACGCCUGUCACGAACCCAUCACCUCUGCCACAAAAGCGGGAAGAGAAGAGCCACCACCAAGCGCACUCUUCUUUUCCGUCAGCCAUUCCUAUCAAAUCGCGCAAGGACUCGGUCAUCCAGCAGCACUUUGUCCCGCAAUCCGUUCCUUUCCCUCCCCAUCACCAGAAGACCCAUGACGAGUUCAACUAUGUUCCUCGCCAUCAUCGCAAAACGAGUAUUGAUGAGCGACGGACCCGUAAACGUCCGGCCGACUUCUCCCCCCAAGUGCCCGCUGUGAACAGCACCACGACAACCUCGAGUGACUUGGAUGCCGACUCAGAACUACACGAAUACUCUCUCGAUAACGCCAACGGAUCCAACAUGUCGCAAAAUUCGCAUCAGACUGGUGUCCCCUUCGGUCUUGAUACCUACAACAUCGAAAGCGACCCUAUCAUCACAUCUGCCGGCCCCUUCCAGCAGAAUUUCUCCUUCUCGCCUUCCACUUCUCCCAUGAUAUCUCAUGGCCCAUUUUCCACCGUCUACAAUGGUUCUUCAGUCCCGUCCUCCUCCCUGAACCCGUCCGACUUCUAUUCUCCGCCAGGAUCGGCUUAUCAUUCCACUGUAUCGACGCCGCAUCCCAUGCCCGAUAACGAUGGCUUCUACUUUGGGUCGAUGGAUAUGCGCAGUCAAAGACAGCAAUCUUUCCGCCAAGGCCCUCAAAACAUGGGAAACCAGAUGAACGGGCAGUUCAUGUACAACCCGCAAAAUGGAAACCCCAUGUUCCCGGCAUCGGCACCCGCUACCGAAAACGUAUCUGCCUUCAGCACCGCGCCCAGCCCCUUUGGGCACAUCGACCCAACACAAGUGUUCCAGCAAGAUCACCCUGUUCGGUCCCCCGGCAUGUCUAUGCCCAAUGAGGGCAUGUUCACAUUUGGCGCAGAUUCGGACGAGGAGGACGGCGGUGCCUUUGCCGACCGUAACAUGGUCAUGCCUCAGGACUUUUCGCCCGGUCCUAUGGAUGACAGCAACUCGCUUGGCUGGGAUCCGUCGCUGCCCGGCCAGUACAGUACACAGGCUGCGCGGUACCCUGGCGGCCCACCCCGAAAGCAGGUGACUAUCGGUGGCACCACGACGGAUUAUGUUGAAAACAAUGACUGGGAAGGCGGUAACCUGCCGCGGUCGCAGUCCUUCAGACAAGGUUCCGACAGGAGGGGCGGCAAGGUUCCACGCACGGCCUCGACGCCCGCGGGGCAUCUUGGCAGAAAUGGAAACCCCUUUGAUCGUAUGGCACAAUCCACGCCCAACUCUCCACCGGAGAACAACGGCGCUGUGUCUGGGUUCUCUUCCGUCGCCCCCAGCCGGCCCUCAUCUCCUAUUGCUUCGAAGCAGGGUUCCACGACCAACCUGCAAGCGGCCGCGGGCAGCCAAGGCGAAGGAAACGCGCCUACCACAUGUACAAACUGCUUCACUCAGACAACGCCGCUCUGGCGCCGGAACCCCGAAGGCCAACCUCUUUGCAACGCCUGUGGUCUGUUUCUGAAGCUCCACGGCGUUGUUCGGCCGUUGAGUCUGAAGACCGAUGUCAUCAAGAAGAGAAAUCGCGGCUCGGGCGCGAGCUUGCCCGUCGGUGGCACGAGCACAAGGUCGAAGAAGAGUGCUGGGGCCAGCGCUUCGGGGUCUGUCUCCCGGAAGAACUCGACGCUUGUCGUUUCCACUCCGGCCAACAACGCCACAACACCGCCUGCUGCUACUCGGGCCGGUAGUGCAAACGAGGGCGAGAGCCCUGCUAGCGGCCCUGCAUCGGGAGGCAACACUGCUGACAGCACUCCGACGAGUUACGGAACCGGUUCGUCAACCGGUGCCGCCGCUGGUGGUAAGGGGGUUGUGCCGAUUGCCGCCGCUCCACCCAAGAACACUCCUGGUCCUGGAGCUGCCGCUCUGUCUCGCAACGCCAAUACAUCCUCGUCCUCCGGUUCCUCGAAGCGCCAGCGCCGUCACAGCAAGAGUGCCGGCAGCGAGGGCACUGCGGGUAUGGACGUUGACAGUCCCGAAACGUCAACGGGCUCUCCCAACGAGGCUGUGAAAUCCUUGGGAUCCGCCACCGGUCUUACUAGCAUGCCAACGGCUGGCUCAUUGGGCCUGGCCAAUGGAUUUGGCAUGACCCAGCGUCCAAUGAUGGGCACGGGCAUGAUGGGAAUGCCUGGUGGUCAGAAUGGCCAGCUGAUGAACCCAGGUGGUGGCCCUGCUUCCGGUCCGCAGGAAUGGGAGUGGCUCACUAUGAGUCUUUGA